AAAUCACGGUUUAUCCAUUGUAUCUAUUGCUCCAAGAAAUUCAGUAAACCAAGUGCGUUGAAAUCACAUACUUUUACUCAUACUGGUGAAAAACCUCAUCAUUGUCAAAUUGCUGGAUGCGGUCGUUCAUUCUCUUUAAUCAGCAAUCUUCGUCGUCAUAUGAAAACCCAUAAACGUCCUGAACAGAGG